GAGACGCCAUUACGAAGCCAUACUACUGUAAAACAUUGACGAUACCUGCACAGAUAUUUCUGCAUGAAGCUUUUAUUUAGAGACAAUGGUGAACUGUGUGGUUGCAGGGUGUACCAACAGAACUGGUGAUAAUUGUAGUUUUUUUCGUUUCCCGAAGAAAGCAGAAUUCUUGAAGGUAUGGAUAAAAAAAAUCAACAGGGUCGACGAACGAUCUGGACCAGCUUCCGACAACAUGUGGGUUCCCUACCCUACGUCUGUUAUAUGUUCUGACCAUUUCACUUAUGCAUGUUUUACAAGAGAUCCUAGGGCACAGUUAUCUUGUGGUUUCACGGACUUCAAGAAACUGAGGUUAGAGAAGACGGCAAUACCUACGCUAUUUCCAACGAAGGAAAAAGACGGAAAUACAUCGCCGUUCACCACACCAGAGCCAAGACCUGCGUUCAUGAAACGGGAAAGGAGGAGGGUAUUAGCUGAAGCAUUUGCUGAACAUGACAAUAAAACUGCCAGCAACCAGACAGUCGAAGGCAGCAACACCGAGGAUCAGGAAAACAUUGCAGCAGGUGAUGAACCAUAUGCAUCAGAGGAGGAACAUGUUCACCAGUUUUGUGAUUCAACAACACAGACAGUGAAAACAAAGCAAUAUGUUAAAGGUUGUCAGACAACGAGGACUACAGUAACACAGGGAACCCAGACAAUGCCGUCUAUGGUUUCAGUGGGCACCAUGACUGAUGAUGUUGGUACCUCAUCUUUAUCCUAUCACUCCAAACAAUGGACUUCACCCUGUUCUCCAAUGACAAAAUGCGAUAUAGAAGGAUGUAUUGAUGACAUUAGUGCUGAUGGAAGUGAUGAUGAUACAGAUGAUGAGUGGACACCAGACCGUGCUGAUGCUGAUUUUGAUGACUCAGAUGAUGACCUCAAUGUUACACUCGAUGACCUAGACAUCACAGACACUGAAGCUGGAAAUCCAAUGUUAGAAAGAAAAUACAUAGUAUUUGAAACUAAUUUGAAGGACUUGCUUUCUGUGUGUAGGACAUGUGGACAUUUUUGUCGAGUGUUUCUGAAGCACCAUCUUGGUUCUUUAGCUUCUUUUCAUUGUGAAUGUGAUUCCGGACAUGUAUUUAAGUGGGACAGUCAGCCUUCUCAUAGAAAGCUACCACUAGGGAACUUUGUGCUGGCUGCAGGAAUACUAUUCAGUGGUGGAAGUGCCCAGACUGUUUUGAACGUUUUGGAUAGGUGUAACAUUGCAUGUAUGACAGACAGGACAUAUAGAAAUUUGCAGUCCAGUUACCUUAUCCCUGCUGUGCACAACGUCUGGGAGGACUCUUUAGAACAAGAGCUACAGUCUUUGCAAGGGAAAAAUGUGAAAGUCGGUGGUGAUGCUCGCUACUGCUCUCCAGGACACACCGCAAAAUAUUCCAGCUACUCACUGAUGGACUUGGAUACUGGCAAGAUUUUGGCGACUGAACUUGUACAGGUAACAGAAGUGAAGAAUUCUUGCCAUAUGGAGCUUGAAGGCUUAAAGAGGUGUCUGCACUCGUUACGGGAUUCCAAUGUAGAUAUUACAGACUUGACAACAGAUCGUCAUAUCAUGGUAAAGAGCCACAUGAAGAAGGAAGAACCUGACAUAAACCACUGGUUUGAUGUGUGGCAUGUUGCUAAAGGUGUCUACAAGAAACUUGUUUCUUUGGCAAAGAAGAAAGGGUGUGAACAGAUUGGAGACUGGGCCCAUUCUAUUUCGAAUCAUUUGUACUGGGCAGCUUCAACAAGUGAUGGGGAUGGUGACCUGGUGGUUCAGAAAUGGGAGUCAAUCACAAACCAUGUUUGUGAUAAACAUGAAGGGCAUGGAGACCGUUUUCCAACAUGUCAGCACGCUGCAUUGGACAAAUCUAGAAAUUGGAUUCUAUCGGGCUCUAAAGUGCACAAGGAGCUGAAGAUGAUUGUAUCCAACAAAUACAUCACAAAAGACAUCAAACUUCUGUCUCCAAGAGAGCAAACAUCUCAGCUCGAGUCAUUCCACAGCCUUGUGUGCCAGUUCGCCCCUAAGUCACUGCACUACUUUUAUGAUGCCAUGAAAGCAAGACUCUUGAUUGCUGCUCUUCACAACAACAACAAUGUAAAUCGUGGUCAGGCACAGAGAAGUGACGGUACUCUGAAGUGGAAAGUGUCAUACCCGAAAGCAAAGAAAGGAGGCCACUGUGUUAAAGCAGUUAAAGAACAGUGUACUUAUGACUACGUCACAGAACUCGUUGAUGAAGCAUUCAGUCUGAGGGAAGCUUUUCCAACAUAUGAGCAGGCAAGAAAAAUGAAGAGAGAAAACUGUCCUCCUUUACCAGCGACUCUUGCCAAUCGCGUUGAUGUCACAGAAGCAGUGAGAUCACACAAGUCACGGUUCAACAAAAGAUUAACACCUUCACAUACUAGUAGUCCCUUGGAUACUUGAAACCUGUGUAAUCCUCUGAUGGAAAGGUCUUC